CGUGCUUGUUUUCUUAUCUCUUUCACUCUUCUUAUUUGUCCUUUUUCUUCCUCAUCGUCCAUCCCCUGUCUCACUCACCCUCCCCUCAUCCACUUUCUCUUUGAUCAAUCUCGUCUUCAUUUGCUCUCUUUUCCGCAUUUCAUUUACUCCAUUCAGAUGCAAAAUCUUAGACGAUCUCUCCAGAAUAAAAACAGCUCUGGUGGUCUUUCACCCAACCGCGCUCCCGCUGCGCUGGCCCCGCCACGCAAGGUUAUCAAAGCCCUUUACGAUUAUAAUUCCUUGCAGAGCGAGGAACUCUCCUUUACCAAAGGCGACUUUUUCCACGUCGUUGGUAAUGAGGACGACGAAGAUUGGUACGAAGCCUGCAAUCCUGUCACUGGUGCCCGUGGCUAUGUUCCUGUCACCUACUUUCAGAUCUUAGAGAAAAGCCAGCGCAAUAGCAACCAUAGCGAGGAGAAUGGCAAUGAUUUUGGGUCGCAUACAGAUUCUUCACAGGGACAAAUCUAUCAGCAACCACAGCAACAACAGCAACAGCAACAACAACAGCGGCAACAACAACCGCAACAAUCAACUACCCCGACGCAGAAGUCAAAAUUUCAGCCCUUAUAUGGUAUUGUCCUCUAUGACUUUAAUGCUGAGAGACAUGAUGAGCUGGAUGCCAAAGUUGGUGAUGCCAUUUUGGUCAUAGCUAAAUCGAACGAAGAGUGGUAUGUUGCCAAGCAUAUUGGAAGGCUUGGAGGUCCUGGAUUGAUCCCUGUGAAUUUUGUCGAGAUCAGAGAUAUGGCUACUGGGAAACGUAUUGAUGUGCAGGAGAUGCUUCGCCAGACAGGAACAGCCAUUCCUCGCAUCGAAGAAUGGAAAAAGCAAGCUUUAGAAUAUAAAGCAAAUAGCAUCCCUCUUGGUAAGCUCGAAGCGGGCGAAGCUCAGCAACAACAACAGCAGCAACAACAUCAUCAGCAUCAAUCAUAUCAUCAACAGGGUGUAAACCCACAACAAUUUAUGCAACAGCAUCAAUCAAAUCAGAAUACAGGACCAACCCUCCAACAACUCAAAAACAAAAUGUCGCGAGGAGAUCUCAAAUCCCAACAGAGAGAGCCUAAUCUUCGUGGACAUGCCUCUCAGGACUUUGAUUCUGCUAGACGUAUGACGAAUCGUGAUGAAGGAAACGGAAUGAAUACAGGAACAGCAUCAAGUAAAGGAAAUAGCGAUUCAUAUGACAAUCACGAUUUGGAUGUGCCGCGACUUUUGUUUGCGUCUGUAGAGUCAUACUUUCAAGAGGAUGAUCAAUACUGGUUCACCGUCAAGGUUGAGUUAUCCAAUGGAAUGACGCGGACAUUGUAUCGAUUGUACGAAGAUUUUUACGAGUUUCAUAUUGCGUUACUCGAAGAGUUCCCUGUAGAGUCUGGCAAAGUGGGCGACCAACCUCGGAUCCUACCUUUUAUGCCUGUUCCGCUUCAAGUUGUCACAGAUACUAUCACGGCAACCCGUCGGGCAGACCUGGAUGAAUAUGUUAAGGAUUUGUGUGACUUGCCCUUGAGGAUCACACAACAUCCUCUUGUAGAGCGGCUAUUUGCGCUAAAAGAAGGAGAUAUCGAGAUACCAACAAAUGGAACUGCAGGUAAUGGCAGAACCUCACCAUCUAUCGGACGUUCAACGCCUUCCAGUAAUAUGUUCCAUUCAGCCAAUCCAGCAGAUCGACGCCUGUCGCCUUCGGCAGGACCUCGAGCUGUAUUUGCAUCCAAGUCACAGCAAGGCUCUGGAAGCUACCGCGGCUACCCAGAUGACUCAGUAUCUACCUCUACUUCACCUAGCCUGCGCUCUCAGUCAUCAUUUGCGGGGGCACCGCCAUUGAACGGUAGUUCUGAGGAGAUGAUUAAACUCAAGAUCUCGUUCCAGGAAGACAUUAUGGCAAUGAGGAUACCUGUUUCCAUCACUUUCCGCGCGCUUCAGCAAAAGGUUUUUGAACGCAUUGAUACCGACAACCGUGAGCUAAGUUACCGCGACGAGCGCGGAGAUUUUGCAAGGCUCCAGAAUGAUAGCGAUGUUCGAGAUGCUAUUGAUCGUAGUGGAGGAAAGCUCAUGAUCUAUGUGGAUUAAGAGUAAUUUAGUAACAAUAUCCCGAUCCCCUAAUCCAUGCAUACCUAUUUAUUUUUGUUUAUCGCAAUGUAAUACCCAUGCGAAAAAAAAAAAAAAAGAAAGAAAGAUAGAAGAUGCACAUCUCGCUGUGUAAGAG